AUGCUACGGCAUCGUUUAUGCGUCCAAGCAACUUUUGCUAAAGGUCUCCGCACCUCUGCUGUUAUUCAGAAGCAGCCUGCUCGUGACCGCCAAAGAAGGAGGAGGAAAAUGCCACCUCCUUUUCAUAGCUUGCCAUUUUACGAUGAGGAUCCACUGAAGACUCUCAAAAUUGAGCACCUCUUUCCUACGAGUAUUCCUGGAUCGUGGGGAACAACUAAUGUCAGAACUACAGAGAAGUUCUACAAAAUCGGACGGGCUUUGAAAGUUCAGCCUACCCUUUUUGAAAAACUGAAAGAACUUUACUACCACGAAAGAAACUUGUGGUAUCACCGCCUCGACCUUCCUCUCAACUGUACAAACACCCUCGACUUUUCCCAGUACAUCACUCGAACCAAUGUGCGUUCCCUCAAAGAGCUCACUCCAACCUACUCUGCGCCGACAAACCUAGAUAUCAAUAUCAUCAAAAAUCGGGUUCAAGAAUUCCUGACUUUGUGCCCUCUGCAGCCUAAUUCGUCUUCCAAGGAGCGACAGGAAUUUCUAGGCUCUUUCAUGGAAUGUAUUUACUCUGUUUUGGUUGAGUACUGCGACCAAAGCCACUUGCGCACCAGAGCCACUCAGGCGGACGUGGGUGCCAAGGUGGAGACCUUUUUCAAACGAUCUGGUUUUGCGGACCUCUACGACACUGAACGUAUUAAAAAUGAAUGUCUGUCGGAGGGUGUCUGGGAGGCAACUGAGGACGCAAUUCUGGAUGCAGAAGAGUUGCUCCGCUUCCGCAUUUGUGGGAAGUUGGCGUGGCAAAUUCGUACGGAUUCACCCCUUCCACCAUUCGUUGCUGCAUCAGAAGGGGUUUGCUUUGAGGACAGACUGCCACCGGACGGUAAGCUCUAUCGGCCCGAGGUCUUUGGUCUCGACCCCAUCGAUCACUACGAUUUCAGCUGUCUACCCUUCGUCAACUCCAUGUACUCACCUGAGUACAUUCGUUCUGUGGCUGGCUACUGGCCAUCGAGUCCGUUUCUGCCUGAACCGGUGAGUGAAGAGCCUUGUAAAUUCGGUCUACUGGGUGUGGUUGACGUGACGCCUUCAUCGGAGCAGUGGCACUUUCAUUGCACCGAUGGCAUUGCCCCCUCCGAUUCUUUAGCGCGUGAGGCUCUCUCCAAUGGUAUCCUGGCUGCCUUCGCUUGGACCAGUGCUAUGGCCUAUAACCAAGGCUUUACACUCUACAAUGAGCUAGAAAGCCCCUUCAGCGUGCAGUUACUACUCUUCGACGCCACCUCGGCCACGUGGCAGCUUAUUGCCUACCAGUUGAAUUCUCUGUGUGCUCUUUGGAAGGCUCCGGACGCCGGCGACCCCUUCAAUCUUCUCUGGAACUCGCCCCGUAUUCCUAUGUUCACUUCCCCAGCUUCAACGGAUCUCGCUUCUAGCCAUGAGCAUCGUCCAAACUCGGAGGCACUGGAAUUGGUGACACGUGCGAUGCUGCUCGAGCCGACACAAGUGAAGGCGGAAGCGAAUGCUCAGGUGCGCCUAAUCCCUAACUCAAGCACCGAGGGGAAGGAAGCAGAUGUCACAGCGAGAUCGACAGAUGAUGGAGCAGCCGAGCUAACAGAAGCAGAGCACGCGGCUCUUUUUGCAGUGGAAAGCGAGGAGGCAGCACUAAAGAGCCACCCAAUUCGUGCCUUUCCUCACCCGCGACCACAUCCAAACGAGGUCUUCUUCCUAAAGCUCACGGAGAAGGCAGAACUACUGGAGGAGAUGCGCGAAAAGAUGCCGGCGUUUGGAGGAGCGUUGAGUCCUUUCUACGAAGAGGGCAGCGCUGUGCCGGCAGACAUCAGAGAGGCACUACGCCAAUUCCGCCUCGAUCGGCGAGCUCGGACUCCGCAUAGCAAGGUCCUCCGACGUCCGCCGCGGUGGCGAUAG